AUGCCUCUACUCGGCUACGGAUGCACAGGCUGCAUGAAAAUCCAGCCCAUAUACAACUUCAGGUUCAGAGAUGGCAGCGGCCAAGUCACACACUUCUUUUGCUCUGGUUGCCAUCCUACUGACAGUGACGAUAGCUGCAUCGUGGUGUGCCCAUGCGUGUCAACGAGUGGAUCGGUAUGUACCUGUAAUCUCGAUCCCAAGAGCGCAGAGUGGCGAGAUAUGGUAUAUGAUGUCGCAAUCAGAUACACGAGACCAAGGGAAGUUGGACUGUCAGGAAGUGAAUGA